AGCACGGCCUGGUGCAAGCAACCGUCGCGAUCUCGGCCCCUUCCUCGCCUGCCGCAGGCGCCGCGGCGUGACGCCUCGGUGGCAUGGUGCUGCCGAGCAAAGCAGGCGCCUUCCCUACGUGCCUCCUGCUCGCCGGUCUGCUUGCCGCUACGGUUGCUGCAAGCCCAGGGGCGCCGGCGACUUGUUCCGCCGAUGGAGGUGAUUGCGAGAUGGAAGAGACCGCCUUGCUGAAUGUGCAGAAACGCUCGAGGUGCAGCAACCCCUUCGUCGUCCAGCCAGGAGGCACUUGCGAUAGCCUUUUUGUUGCAUGCCCAUACGGGCACAUCACGUGCGGCGCCCAUCCCGAUUCUAUUGUCUGCGCACGCGGGAUGAACCCGUUGUUCCCUUUCUUUAUCGACAACGAUUUGCAGGCGGGAUGGACGUGCACAUUUGAAACACCAUGAGAAGCAGUGAGCAGCGGCGCACUUGAGGUUUAGGGUGUUGCCUCUUCUCCACCUCCAGUUUCCAUUCAAGAUCGCACAUAGCCAGCACACGCGCGCAGAUACGUCCACUCAAGGUCCUCUUCGCCCCCCCCCCUCCCCCCCCAGGAGCCGGAGCGCAAUUUCAAUAACGGGAGCGCCUGGCCUCAGUGGAGCGCCUUUUCAACAAGUUUUGGGUUCGCUCCCCGCUCGGCUGGUUCCACGUGUACAAAUGCCUCGCCUCACCACGAUUGGCUCUCGCGGCGCGAAGGAAAGAGUGCAGGGGGCUAGGGCAACGUCCACAUUCUGCUAGAGCCAAUUGUGCGACUGGCAAGUCGUACGUAGGUGCUUGCCUGGGAGGUGGCCUUGGCGCGUGGUGUCAGGCCGCGGACAAGCAAGAGCCGAAUUUUGAGACCUCUAGUUGAAACGUUUAUGAUAUUAGGCUGCACUGCUGCUGUCUCUGGAUUUGGGUCUGCUCCCAACGGACAGGGCUGCCAGACCUCAUGGACGACCGGGGGCAGCUGCGGAUGUUGCGGACUUGCUUGCGCCGCCAGCGAAAAAGGACGACCAGCAAGGAGCAGGAGGGAAGGAAGAGAAUAAGGGGGGAAGAUGAUCAGUCAGCUCUGUGCUGGGCGACUUCUAUAUAAACACAAAUGCAUUCGGCUCGCGAUGGAAUCGCUUGAGCUUAGCCUGUGGCCUGUUUGGGGUGCGUGUCACGCUCCGGGUAAUUAAACCCUUUACCGGCGCGUCCCGCGUGCGCGAGGCAUUAGAGCUUGCACCAGCAGGCAUAUUACCAGCGCCGACAGCUUCGGCUGAAAAGGCUGUCGAAGGCCUGCAUAAGUUAGGCAUUCUCCCAUGCUUCAGAGUGGGAAAAAACGUGAGAAUUAUAGCCAGAGCGCAGUAUCCCCAAACAGGGUUUUUAGACCCACUGCGGUUUCCAAGGUCGAUUGCGCGCCCGUCCAGUGCGGGCUGGCAUGGCAUGUUAAAACAUGCCUCCUCCUCCUCCUCCUCCUCUUCCUCCUCG